AUGCCGGCAAACGCGCGGGUGACACUUCGCUACGGACCUUAUGAAUCCAGCGGAGUUGUACAACACAGGACCUUCCGUCUGCAGGGUCUCCAGGCCGCUCUGACGGCGCGCGGGCACAGGUGUAUCUUAGAAGAAACGCGAGACUGGAACGCGGUGGAGCUCGUGGUCAAUGGGGAGCUCGUCUUCACCUGUCACAUAAAGCAGCUGGAGUUUGGUGGAGAUGGAAAACUGGAUCCUGUUUGCAGAGAAGCUGUUGCUGCUGUGGAGAACGCUUACUGA